UCGACUAUUCCAAGAUGGCGGUGGUGGGAGUAAUUUUUUCGCUUCUCGUCUGCCAACUCGUCAGAACGACUACAGCAGAGUAUGGUAUCCUGAAGGCUCAGCCCAGAGACCUGUCUACGUACCAGUAUUACUGUCUCAGAUAUGACCCACAAUGGGAGGCCCUACCCACGGACCCAGAUGAAGCUGUCCCAGACCCACUGUAUGACCUGACCCCCCUGUAUGGCUGUGAAGACUACCGGUCCCCAGCUCAGGUCCCUAACCAUGUGGUGGCCAUCAUGAGGGGGAACUGCACCUUCUUCCAGAAGGCCAGGAUAGCGCAGAAGUACAACGCAGACGCUAUCCUUGUCAUCUCUGAGGACAAACUGUCCCUGGGAGCAGACCUGGAGGUGUCCAUGUACUCCCCCCCAGAGCCCCUGAUGGAGUAUAACCUCAUCGUGAUCUGGCUCAUGGCAGUCUUUACUGUAGGGGUGGGGGGGUACUGGGCUGGGACGGCCAAGGGAAAGAAGAAGCAUAAGAAGAGGAGACAGUACACAGCAGAGGAUGGGGAGAGAGAUGGGGAUGGGGAUGAGGAGGAGGAGGUACCACAGGAGGAGGAGCAGGAGCAGCUCAUCGAGACUGUGGAGAUCUCUCCCAAGUUCAUCGCCAUCUUCGUCUUCAUGAUCUGUGCAUUGCUGCUGCUGCUCUACUUCUUCUACAACUACUUAGUGUACGUUAUCAUCUUCAUCUUCUGCUUUGCGUCAGCGACUGGUCUGUACGUGUGUCUGCUGCCCCUGGUGCUCUGGUUACCAGGAAACUGCAGAAUUCCAGAGAACAAGCUGCCUCUGUUGAAAAAGCGCCCCCGUGUGAAGACCAUCAUCCUUGCAACAUGCUGUCUGACAGUCUCCCUCAUCUGGUUCAUCUUCAGAAAAGAACGUUGGGCAUGGAUUCUCCAAGACGGCCUAGGGAUAGCUUUCAGUAUCUACAUGCUCAAGACAAUACGUCUGCCGAGCUUCAUGGUUUGCACGAUCUUGUUAGCAGCGUUGUUUGUGUAUGAUAUCUUCUUCGUCUUCAUAACCCCACUUCUCACCAAGAGUCAGACCAGUGUGAUGGUAGACGUUGCCACAGGACCUGCUGAUGCCACAGAGCAGAUCCCGAUGGUGCUGAAGGUUCCCAGUCUGAGACAUUCCGGCUCAGCCAUGUGCAAUCCUUACUCACUACUGGGGUUCGGGGACAUCCUGGUUCCAGGUCUCCUCAUUGCAUUCUGCAAGUAUUUUGACACCAAGAUUGGAAGCUGGGGCAUCUAUUACCUCGCAACACUAGUAGCGUACGGUGUCGGAAUGAUCAUCACGUUCUUCGCGCUGGUGUUCAUGAAGAACGCCCAGCCUGCUCUGCUCUACCUCGUGCCCUGCACGCUCCUCACCGCCACCUUCGUGGCCUGUCGGCGCGGAGAGAUCCGCCAGUUCUGGCGGGGAACCACGGUGGAGAAGAAGGAUGAAGAAGACAAACUACAACAAGACGAGGAACAGGGAGGAACGAGGGAAGGAGAGAGAGAAGACUUAACGAAUGAGGAGGAGGGAGCAGUGGGUGGGGAAGCAGAGACAACGCCAAAAACGACAGACACAAACGGCCAAAACGACCCCGACGCAAUCUUACCAUACGCCGGGUCACCGGUACAAGAACAGAGGAGCCCGCAACGGUCAGCGUUGGCGAGAUCUAGAGGCCCGCGCAGUCCCAGCUCAAAACAUGUGACUAUACAAACUUAGGAACGGUAGAGAGUUGUGGCAACGCUUUCUUGUG